GUCUCUCCCUCCAAACAUCAACAGCCAUGGAAGCCCAGACCCUUCCUCACACCAACUGCCAUCCCUCCAUGGCUUCUUCUUCUUCUUCUACUACUGCUUCUUCUUUCCUCCCUCUCAAGCCCUUCCAACCAGACCCAUUCCCAAUCUCCAGCCACUUCCCUUAUUCAUCCUCUAAUGGCUUCAAGUUCCAAUCCCUUUCUCACUUCCUCUUUGGCUUUCCUUCUUUUUCCCUUGUCAAACCCAUUGCUUGCAAGGUGUCUGAUGAAAUGCCUCCAAGAGACAAAGCAAACAAAGGUAUCACUUUUACGAUGUCUUUUCUAAGGUCUAUAGAUAAAGGGAGUGGACAAGUGAGUAGUGAGGAAAUGGUUGGGGUUAGAGGUGGAAAGCAGAGGGAUGGUUCCAUGAGGCUGAAGGAUGAGAUGGGCAAAUCAGAAAGGAAGAAAAUUUGUGGCUGGUGGCUUUUUGAAUGAGAAGAAAGUGAAGAAGAGGAAGAUGGGUAACAGGAGGAAGAAAGAUAAGGACCAUCAUGCUCAAGUUGAGCUGCGAUUGAGGCUGGAUAUGUGCUCGAAAAUGGGGGAUGUUAUGGGAUCUAUAGCUUUGUAUGACUCCGCAGUGAGGGAUGGUGUCAAGUUGGGGCAGUAUCAUUAUAAUGUGCUUCUCUACUUGUGCUCUUCUGCAGCGGUUGGGGUUGUUCAUCCAGCAAAAAGUGGUAGUGGAACCAGUGCUAAUAGUAGUAGUAGUGUGUGUGACUUCAGUGAAGACGAAUCAGAAGACAUGAGUGGAAAUGGACUAGCAGACGAAUGGUACAAUGAAGAGAAUGAAAUUAGUCACAGGGAGAAGCAGGGCACUGCAAUCCAGGUUAGUGAAGACGUCAGGGAUUAUGCCCGAACAAGAGGGUUUGAGAUAUAUGAAAGAAUGUGCUUGGAGGAAAUUCCAAUGAAUGAGGCAGCUUUAACAGCUGUUGCACGAAUGGCACUGUCCAUGGGCAAUGGAGAUAUGGCUUUUGAGGUUGUCAAACAGAUGAAGAGUUUGGGCAUAAACCCAAAGUUGCGGUCAUAUGGUCCUGCUUUGUUUGUAUACUGCAAAAAUGGCGACAUUGAGAAAGCUUUCGAAGUAGAAGAACACAUGUUGAAGUCUGGGGUCUGCCCAGAAGAGCCUGAAUUGGAGGCGCUUCUAAGAACUAGUGUUGUAGCAUGUCGAGGGGAUAAGGUUUACUAUAUACUGCAUAAGCUUAGGACUACUGUGAGGCAGGUGUCUCCGUCCACAGCUAGUUUAAUUGAGCAAUGGUUUAAGAGUAAGAAUGCUACUAGAUUGGGAAAGAGGAAAUGGGAUAGGAAGUUAGUCGAGCAGGCUAUGGAGAACGGCGGAGGGGGGUGGCAUGGUUUAGGAUGGUUGGGGAAGGGAAAAUGGACCGUUAAACAUGAGCAAAUUGAUUGUGAUGGUAUCUGCUUGGGCUGUGGUGAGAAAUUGCUGACCAUAGACCUUGAUCCGAUUGAGACAGAAGACUUUGCUAGAUCUGUAGCUUCAAUAGCUUGCAAGAGGGAAAGACACUCGAGCUUUCAGAAAUUUCAAAAAUGGUUGGACUAUUAUGGCCCUUUUGAAGCUGUUGUUGAUGGCGCAAAUGUGGGACUUUUCAGCCAGAGGCAACUUUCAAUAAACAAGGUCAACACUGUUGUUAAUGCCAUACGGCAAAAACUGCCAUCAAAGAAAUGGCCGCUUAUCAUAAUCCAUAACAAGCGUCUUACUGGGGGCUGGAUGGAUGAACCUGCAAAUGAAAAGCUUCUAGAGAAAUGGAAAAACGCCGAUUGUAUUUAUGCAACUCCUACGGGGUCUAAUGAUGAUUGGUAUUGGUUGUAUGCAGCAAUAAAAUGUAAAAGCUUGAUCGUUACCAAUGAUGAGAUGAGAGACCAUUUAUUCCAGCUUUUGGGAAAUGAUUUCUUUCCCAAAUGGAAAGAAAGGCAUCAGGUACAUUUCAAUUACCGUAAUGGAAGAUUUGAGUUCCGCAUGCCUCCUCCUUGUUCGAUUGUUAUCCAGGAGUCUGAGCAAGGCCACUGGCAUAUCCCUGUUUCACCAAAACAAAGAAUGAUGGGAGAGAUAUCCUGGUUAUGUGUGACAAGGGACAUGACAACACCAAAAUUAUCUUCACAGAAAGGUUCACAGGGCAGCAAUGAAGCUGGACUUUCAUCUGAUGACCAUAACCAACAAUGUCAUCGGCCUGCUGAACACCAACUUGCGAAGAAGAAUGGCAAAAAUUCGCAUCGUAGCAAACUCAGACAACUUGAUUCAAUGACCAGUAGAAUUGAGACUGCCGAGAAGCUUUGUGGAUGUGUCAUUGAUUUCCAGAUCUGAAAAGGACCACAUUAAAAUUCUUGUUUUCACAAUCAUUGUUUUGAUUUCUUUCCCAUGUAUACUUUCACUAAAAUCCCAAUCAUAAUACUUGUAUUCAUGAAACAGAGUGCCAAAGAUGUGCAACUUUCAUCCCAGCAUUUUACCAUCUCACAGACAAGCAAACUUUCCUAUGGAA